CAAUAUACUAAUAAUAUAACUCAAAUGGAAGAAACAAGAAUUUUUUGAGGUUAAAGAAAAAUAAUUAAUACAAAUAAUAAAUAAUGCCAAAAAUUAGAAAUGAAUGUCACAAUAAAUAUUGUGUGUUUUUAUGGAAAUGAACUGUGCAUUUAGUUGAUUAAACUAAAAUAAAUAAAUGGUUAAAAUAAAAACCAUGGAAAAUAGAAAUUAAAGUUUGAAAAAAAUAAAUAAAUUUGUGUUUAUGAAAUUAUAAAUAUAUAAAACAAAAAGAAAAAGAAAAUAUUUCAAUUAAAGAAGUGAGUGUAAAAAUAAGCAAUUAAGAAAUUACACUAAAUCGAGCUUUAUAAAUAAAUGUGUGUUUUAUUAAUAAAAAGCUGCAUUAAAAUUUUAAACUCAUUUUUGCUAAAUUAUAAAAAUUAUACAAAAUAGUAUACAAGUUAAUAGCAAUAAAAAGUGUAAUAAUUUAUGCACAAAAAAGUAAAAAGAAAUAAUAAAAAUAACAAAUUUAAUGAAAACAAAUCAAAUCUGCGCUUAAAAUGCUUGCGGUGAAUUGAUUUGAACUCAAGCAGCUAUUUUUAAACCAAAACAAAGCAAAGAUUAAUGCGAAUUUGCUAAUGUUAUACAUACAACAUUAUCGCAUUUUCCGCCAGCGAAUUGGAAAAUCCAUAAAUACACUCAACAGCAUAAAAUAAACCAAAUAAGCUGUUGCGAAAACGUCAGUAAACAACAACAACGUAACAUCUGAAGGGAGUGAAAAGAACAAAAACUCAACCACUCUAUGAUGACAACUCAGUUGCAUUCGAAAACAAAAGGAUUUUCAUAAAACAACAAAAUACUCUUUAUACAGCAUCCACAAACACGAAAACACUACAACACAACCACACAACAUCUAAUUCAACAAAAAUGUCCGUUUUCAAACCUCUCACAAAUCGCAAGUAAAGAGUAUGAGCGGCUUGAGUGCAAUAAAGCUAUUCUACCAUAAGUAUCCAGUAUAUCCUUGCAAUCCAAUAAGCUCAGCUAAAACCAGUUAUGUGCUAUAACAAGUGCGCGUAGUAAACAAAACGUGUUAAGAGUGGUUGACGAGAAGGACACGUAGUGUAUGUGCGAACAAGUGGAUGUGAAAAGUGGCGCAGACAGACAGAGAGUGAGAGAGAGAGAGAGAGAGAGAGAAAACACGAAAGUGUAUGUGUGUUUAUCGAGUGUGGUAGCUAAAAUUGUACGGUUCAAGUGAAGUGUGGAUGCUAAGCGGCAGCGUUGAGCGACAGGACGAAAAUUGUGCAAAAUUUGCAACGAGAAAGAGAGCGGCAUUGCGGUCACAAGAUGGGACGUCGUUCUUUUAAUCGCGUUUGCGCUAUACAUUAUCCAAGUCGGGUAGAGGGUUGGUUGGAUGUUUGUGAAUCUGAGGGCGAACUCACACGCAAACACAAAACGCUGCCAUGGAGUCCACUCUACUGUGUACUGCAACAGGAUGAGCAAUCCUUCACAGCAUACUGCAGUGAGGAGAUAUCGAUCUUCCCGGCUACACCCAAAAAGGAGUUAACGGACGUUCUCUUCAAUGAAUAUCCACGCGUUCGGCUAGAUCGUGUGCGACGGCCCGCAAAAUCAUUGUGGGACGGUCCGCCAACGUUACCCGAAGAACCAGAGGAUUCAGACACAUGUCCCAUGGACAUAGCGCUGAAUACGACGCUCUACAGUGAAUUAGCAAGCGAUACACCGAAAAGUGUGCAAAUAAAAGUCAGCUGAGUGCUAAACAGUGAUGCCAAAAAGCAACAAAUAUAUAACGGUAUUAAAGUUGUAUAUAAUAAUAUAAAAAAAAAUUCUCGAUAUAACGGUACUAAAGAAGAAUACACGCUUAGAGCAAAUAUACGUGAAAUAUAAAGUAAUUAAAGAAUUGAUAUAGAACGUAACGUAGUAACGAAACCAAAAAAUGCAACUCUGAAAAAAUAUUUAAAAACAAAAUUUAAAAAUAAUAAUUUAAAAAAAUAAAAAAAAUAUCUAAAAAUUAAGUAAAUUGAAAAUUUAUUCGCACAUACUACAACAACAUUUAGUCAACAUACCAAAAUACACACACACACGCAAAAAAAAAUAAACAACAACAA